AUGGGGCUCACCAUCAGCAAGCUGCUGUCGCGUCUGAUCGCUAAGAAGGAGAUGCGCAUCCUUAUGGUGGGACUGGACGCCGCAGGUAAGACGACCAUCCUCUACAAGCUGAAGCUUGGAGAGAUUGUGACUACCAUCCCCACCAUCGGCUUCAACGUGGAGACUGUUGAGUACAAGAACAUCAGCUUUACCGUCUGGGACGUGGGAGGCCAGGACAAGAUCCGCCCGCUUUGGAGGCAUUACUUCCAGAACACUCAGGGGCUGAUCUUUGUGGUGGACAGCAACGAUCGGGACCGCAUUGGCGAGGCCAGGGACGAGCUGCAGCGGAUGCUCAACGAGGACGAGCUGCGCGACGCAGUCCUGCUGGUGUUCGCCAACAAGCAGGACCUGCCAAAUGCCAUGAACGCGGCGGAGAUCACUGACAAGCUGGGUCUGCACUCGCUGCGCCAGCGUCACUGGUACAUCCAGAGCACGUGCGCGACGUCUGGCGAGGGGCUGUACGAGGGCCUGGACUGGCUCAGCAACAACAUCGCCAGCAAGGGCUGA